AUGGCUCCAGUAAAUUCCAGGUCGUUGCAGCGACGCGACAACACAGGAAUCAGCAUUGCCAUUAUCUUGGGCGUGGUUACUGUCCUCGUUGUCCUCGGCAUCCUCAUCUGGGGCAUUCUCCUGCCAAAAUUGCGCAAGAAAAAGCCGGUUCAAUACUCGGAGGACUAUCUGCUUCAUCUCCGCGAGAGAAGAAACAACCCUCACUUUCCGAGCCACCCUACACUCCUUCGCAGUAUCGUCAAGAAACCGAAGAAAAGCGUGCCACGAUAUGAUCCGAGAACCGAGUCACCUUUCCCCUCCCGCCCUACUCCUUUGAGAACAUUCGGCUACGUGCCUAUCCCAUCUCCAUACUCUCAGACAUACCUUGUGGAUCAGUCUGUCAAUGGCAGCGAUGGCUUGUUCACUCCGGCAAGAGUCCCUCUACCACCACGAUGUGGCGUUGAUAGCGGGUAUAGUGAGGUUUAUUGGAAGAAUAAAGAUAUCCCGAACCAAAAGAUUGCGACUGGGCUCAACGGCUUGCACGAGUACAUCCUGCCUGUUCCAGAACCGAUUCAUCUGAAACCUCGGCCAGCUGGAAGACCACCACCGUUGACAAGACAAUUGGAAAAGUUCCCGCUCCCUGCUCCAGGACUCAGCCGAAAAGGUGGACUCAUACACCCCGGCAAACUCUUGCAGGAACUCGAGCAACGCGACUGCCGCUUGACUGCCGCCAAAAUGUUCAAUACCCGUUGUCCGAAACGUGGCACUACUGGAGGCCCUCUUUCCACAGAAGCACCUAGCUUGGGAACUACUCAUGGCCACCCUUUCACCGAGGAUUUGCACCAGGCUCAAGGGAAUACUGAAGAAUUGAUGACUCUAAGCCGCACGGGCGAACCCAUGUAUGAGCGCAGUCACCAGUCCAAUGAAGAACGAAAGUUUUUAAGUCAUUAUGCUGGUAUGAAUGCGAGAAACCAAGGCAGUCUUAGUCGAUCCGCACCUCUUACAAGACCUGAAACCCCUGUCGCAGAUAUAAGGCAGCGUCUCGACCAGACCGCCAGCAAUGAAGACUCUCAAGUUUGCCUUCCCAAAAGAGGCUGGACACCUGCUUCCAAUCCUUUCACUACAUCUGGCCAUUCUUCAACUCCGCAAACUUCCCCUGUGGCUUCGAUACCCUCGCCUCCGACUCUUACGUCUCAAUUCGAAGCUGCAGAUCAUAUGGGUGACCGACCGACUGCGAAUCCAGGACUUCGAAGCCGCAGAAGAACUCCUAGCUCCUCCGCUCUUCCAUCUCCAACCAAGCUCGUGUCAUCCCAGCAGCUUGAACAUUCCACAGCAAUCAACCGUUUGAGUAAGAAGUUAUCUCCUGCAAAUGUCUUUGGCAAGCGCAUGAACCCAAUUCGCACUCUCGACGUGAUGCCGGUGACGAAGAAACGGGACUUGAUGCCGCGACAGUCCGCUUCUUCCCUAUCUACAGUGUUCAAGCCGAUGCUCGGAGGGACUCAGAGUAAGCAGAGUCAUUAUGCGAGCAGCACAUAUAGCCGCGAGACCAGAGGUAUGAGCUCCGCUGGAAGUCCAGGCCUGGGUGGGAUGUUCCCCGACUCAAACCAUCUGACUGUGCCCAAUCAUCGUACCGAUGCGUUGGUAGACAAGCAGAAGCACGGACGGAGCGGUUCUAUGGAUGAUCUGAAGUCGAAAAUUGACGAGUGGGAUUUGCACACUGGGUAUUUAGAUGCGUCGUCCUUCAACUUGGUUCCACCACCACUCAAACGCACCUUUUCGGACUUUGGACCACGACGAUCACCUGCAUUCGACGCCAGUCGCAACUUCAUGUCCAGUGAAGAUGUUCAAGAGACUCGCAGCACCAUAUCCCCCACCAUCAGACCCAAGAUUCGUAUUGAGCAAUGGGACGACGAUGUCUGGGACAAUGACAUGACAUUGGUUCGCAAUUCCGGUUUUGGUUCGACAAGCCAAGGUCAAGACACUACACGCCAGGUUAGUUCCGGACAAACACGGGAAGACUCGCCUUUGCCGGUGCCAGGAACAGGACCAGGUGGCAGUGACUGGAUCUAGAUGAAACUAAGAGAGAGAGGAGCAGGCAGAUGACAGAUUGAUCUCAAACAGGAGGCGAAAUGGAUGUUACUUGUGUUGUGAGUUUGAAAACCAGAGAAGGAGAAGAAGAAUAUGCAUGAAACCAGAUUGUGAUUUGGAGCUCAUAUCAGACUUGGGCUUGGGGAUGUGCUUGGGACGUGCUUGAACAAUACCUAGAAAGUGGAUUGAAGGAUCGACAAUAUGUAAGUAGGAGAAAUGGGUCCUACUGAUCGGUAGCUCAUCAUGAAAUGAAGCCAACGAGAGUUUCUUCAAGGGAAAGACUGGUCGAUGCAACUGGUCCAUAGAGCGAA